AUGAUACCAGCACCACUCAGACAGCCAUCAGUAACAGUAGGCCCUUCACAAUUUAUUCCUGGAUCACUGACUAGUUUUGCUCCUGAUGAAGAUGAUGUGUUGAUGGGCAUGGUGGACCCUCAUGGUAGGGCCCAUGUGAUGGGUCGCUUGGUGAACUCCGCUGCACCAGAUGCUGCAAAUGACCAUCCUCCUGACUUCAAGAUUGAAUUUCAUCCCCAUAGUAAGCACCUGACCCUUUUCCAAUCCACUGAAGAGUUCAGCCAGCAAAACCUCAAAUGCAUGCCCCCAGACUGUGAGCCCUGGCGCCCUUUUGCCUUGGAGGGCAAUUACAUCUUUGCCUUGAUCGCCAUGGAAGCUGGGCUCAGCUCAAAUCAAGUUGACUCCCUUCUCAAGUUGGUUCACUGUAUAAGUCAAGGAACCACAAGUGUCACACUAUGCAAUGAUGCUGGGUGCCAUACUGCUUUGGAUAGAGUGGUGGUGCAGUUAACACCGUUCUCCAAGUUCGAAAUUACUGUGCCCUAUAAGGGCAAUGACAUGACAUCCCCCAUCCAUAUCUGCCCUCUGUGGGACUGGGCCCUUGACCUCUUGCAAAAUUCCUCCCUUGCACCACACUUCGUCUGGGAUGCCCAAUGGCUCUUCAAACAUGAUGGUGAGAGAUAUGAGUGCUUCUACAUGGAACCUUGGACAGGCAAUCAUUGGUGGGAUAUUCAAUUCAUGUUUGCAAUGGUUCCUGAGCUAGCAAAAGAAGAGGGAAAGACUGGCUACACAAACUUCAAACAUGUUGUCUGGCAUACAGCAUUUUUUCAGCUCCUUGAGAAGGUUGCAGAGCUCUCAAAAGUUGGUUAUCUUCAUGAAUGCUAUGACAAGGUUCUCUGCUGGCUCUUCCCACUUGUCCUUAUCCUGUCUGCCAACUAUGAAGAACUAGCACUGGCAUUAUUCAAAGAGAAGAAGAUGGUUGGUGAGAAAAAAUUGAAGUCCCUCAGGUUAUGUCCUGUCAAGAACACUUUUUGGUCAGUAGAACAUUCAGAGCCUGAACAGGCUGCCAGUUUUGAGCCGCUUCACUCCCUGCAUGGUGGCAUGGGAGGCAAGCACAUCCAUGGGGAACUCAGGAUUGUUGUCAUGAUUCACAUCACAUUUUCCAAUGGAAAUAAAAUGCGAGAUCUCACCAGCUACCUGCGACUCAAUACCCUCAUUGGACUUGAUGUACACACCGAGAAGACUCUUGGUAUGAUCGAAGAUGAACUUCUCAUCUUCAGGGAUGAACUAAAGUUGUACCAAUCCUUUGUGUGUCAUUUGGAUGAUAUGGAUGUGAAGGAUAAUUGGAACUUUCUGAAGGCACAUCUCUGGAAGCAUGUUACCCAUGACAUUCAAAGCAAAGGCAUUGUUUGUAACUACAGUGCCUGGCCCAAUGAGAAAAUGCAUGGCCUGCUCAAAGAUGCAUACCAGGAUCACUCAAAUGGAAAGGAUAUUGCAGGGCAGGCAUGCAUCGAUGCAGAAAAUGAGCAUGUUAACAAUGCUACUGACAAUGAUGAGGACCACAACACAGUACUCGAAGGGACUGCCAAGCUUGGCACACCCCAGCAGACUCGCUCACUCUCUGAUGUUGAGAACACUAACAAAAAUGACCAGGUGUUUGAUGGAUUCCAUUGGAAGCUAGAAACUUUCCUCAACACUUGCCUCCUGACUUAUGGGUUCCCCCUCGACAAGUGGAUACAAUUACAAGGAAUGCAUACAACUUAUCCACAUUCCUCUGAAGAUCCAGGAGUAUCAAUAUUUGAAGGUCCACUUUUGGAGACCAAGACCACUUUUGUUCAACUCAUACUCAUGUUCACUUGUAAGGUUGCAGUGUUCGAAGACACUUUUCAGUUUGCCCUUGUUCAGCUGCUCACUGCCAGGACUGGAGUGCACAGUGUCAAUAUUCAUUCCUGUGAAAUCGAUCAUUCGAGGCACAUUGCUUUACCUGGAUCUGAACCACCACAGGAAUGGAUUCAGACCCAACCCCAAGUGCAGUUGCCAACUGAACAGCCUUCAAGUUCUGACUCUGAUCAAAUGCUGGCUGAAAUACAAAGCAAUUCUUCAGGGUCAGAGCAAUUAGAUGAUCUUGGAGGGUUACUGUCAGAAUGA